GAAAACACAUUUAGUGAUAGCUAUUCAUUAGCCACCAUUGAAGAAGGGAUUAAACUUUAAAAGAAUCUAUCAAAAAUCUCUGGUCAGCCUUUUAUUACUAUCUUGUCUUGAGCCCUUUUUUUAAUGACAUCUAUUAUCAGAUUGAAAUGGCGAUUGAGAUUGCAAAAGUCUGAUGGUCUGUCCACUCACAGAAGCUCUCUUCUCAACAGCCAUCUCCAGUGGCUGUUGGACAAUUAUGAGACAGCAGAAGGAGUGAACCUUCCCAGAAGCACUCUGUAUAACCACUACCUUCGACACUGUCAAGAACACAAACUGGACCCUGUCAAUGCUGCCUCUUUUGGAAAACUAAUAAGGUCAAUUUUUAUGGGGCUGCGAACCAGGAGAUUGGGCACUAGAGGAAACUCCAAGUACCAUUACUAUGGAAUUCGUGUCAAGCCAGAUUCUCCUCUUAAUCGUCUGCAAGAAGAUAUGCAGUAUAUGGCUAUGAGACAACAACCCAUGCAACAGAAGCAAAGGUACAAGCCUAUGCAGAAAGUGGAUGGGGUUGCAGAUGGUUUCACAGGAAGUGGUCAACAGACAGGCACAUCUGUUGAGCAAACUGUAAUUGCCCAAAGUCAACAUCAUCAACAGUUUUUAGAUGCAUCUCGAGCACUUCCAGAGUUUGGAGAAGUUGAAAUCUCUUCUCUGCCAGAUGGUACUACCUUUGAGGAUAUCAAGUCACUGCAAAGUCUUUAUCGAGAGCACUGUGAGGCAAUAUUGGAUGUUGUUGUGAAUCUUCAAUUUAGCUUGAUAGAAAAAUUGUGGCAAACAUUCUGGCGCUAUUCUCCCUCUACUCCAACUGAUGGCACUACUAUUACCGAAUCAAGCAAUCUGAGUGAAACAGAAAGUCGACUACCGAAAGCAAAGCUGAUAACUCUGUGCAAACGUGAGUCUAUUCUGAAAUGGAUGUGUAACUGUGACCAUGGGAUGUACCAGGCUUUGGUGGAGAUUCUCAUCCCAGAUGUCCUUAGACCUAUUCCUAGUAAGUUAAAUGCAGACAACUACAGAUGCUUUUGUUCUGAUACAUUCCACCCAGGAAGUUUGGGGAGGUGACAUUGCAAUCUGGAAUGAUCCUAAUUUUUAUUUAAAUUUGUCAAAUAGAAAACAUGCAACAGAGAAUAUUGCAUGAAAGCAGCCUAGAGCAAAACUGUAGUAAAAGGGGGAAAAUGAUCUGUUUUCCAAUCUUUAACUUUCUUUUUGAUUAAAAAAGUCAACCUAGAGAUGUGCCAGCCCCUAUAAAUUAAUUGUAAGAACACUCCCAUUUCAGGCAACCAUGAAAAAUUAUUUUACUCAAGGACAAGUUCCCCUUCAUAUAGCAAAAAAUUGCUAAAAUCUGUAAUUGCAGAUUAGUCCCUUCCAUAGUUACCUUUGAUGUGAAAUGAAUUUAUCUUGGUCUUCAGUGAAGUUUAAUUUCUUAAAAAAAGCAUUUUCUUCGUCACCUACAUCAUGUUAAGAACUAUAGACUUGGUUCCUAUUAACAAUAAUGGUUAACUGGUAUUUUAAGAGAAAAAUCUAUGUAACUACACAUGCAUUGUAUUUCCACUAUAAAGCAAGUAGGAAUUACAUAGAUAGCUUAGAUUACCUUUUUAAGUGAUGGUGCUUUUUAAACUGCCUUGUUACAAACAAAGCUAUUUUCUCCAAUGAUUAGUAAAAAUGCUAUUACAGAUACUGAUAGAAGCAGUUGAAACUAUUUUUUGCCUGCAUCAGUAUAAGCAUAUAAUGGUGAUCCUUUACUUUUAAAGAAAUGGUACAGUUUCCAUUAUUCCCUGACAUUAAUAAAGUAAAAGCAUUCUUUUGGCUUGUGAAAUUGGCAAUUAAGUAUGCACUUCAAGUACACUGUUCACAGAUGAUUUUUGUUAAUUUUUUUAAGAAAGCAUAUAAAUGUAGUAGAAGAAAAGGGAAAGAUGUUAUAUGUUUAUACUUCUCCCCCUAAAUAUGACAGACAACAAAAAGAGGUAUGAAUUCCCCACCACCUUAAAGUAGAUGCUUAGAUAUAUUUACAUAUAAUAUCAAUGAACACCCUUAUAAAUUUAUGAAGUAAUAAGUGAAAACAGAAGAAAUCCACUGACAUUGUCCCCAAUUUUUAUAAAUUGCCAGUGUGUUUCUUAUUAUCUGCACCAAGCUUCCUGACUAAAAAGUGAUGAAAAGUGAUAUUGUCAUGAAAAAAUUUCACUAUGUAAAUUCUUUACUGGUUUAUGCUCCAGAAUCUGAUUCCCUUGUUUCUCUCCUGCUCCCUGUGCUCUGGGUGAUUAUCUCUAGAGAUGUUUAAGAGAAGCUGCAUAGGGUAGCACAUUAGCCUAUAAUAUCUUACUGCUAAUAUACACUUUUCCUCAUGAAAUACAAGAAGACAUGGUAGUGAGUGCUUUCUUUUUUGAGGCAAAUCAACAUCGAUAUUCAUUAAAUUGUUUUGAAAUAUUUUGUUUCUGUACUAGUAUCAUAAGACUUUGUGACCUUAACAGUGCUCUAAUUUAAGUCAUGUAUCAAUUUUAGUUGACUUUAAGUCUUAGAAUUUUAAGUACACAAUACAAUUGUCCUUUGUCUUGCAAAUUUUGAUUUGAAAAACAGUUUAUUCUGUAUUUGGUCUCUACACUUAGCAGAAAACUGAAUAACUUCUCUGAAAUUAUGAAAUGUAUUUCAUGUACCAUCCUACCAGAUUUAAUUCCCAUUCUGCAAUGAGGCUUAACAAAAUUAAACUUCAAACACAAUUUAAAUAUCUGUCUUCUAAUUGUAUGAAUUUGAAUACUAACCUUGAGUAGGUUGAGACAAGUUAGUUUUGGAAUAAAUUUUAAAUUUCAAGCCAUAUAUUCAAUUUUGAUCUUACAAUUUUGAUCUUACGUGAAUCCCUAUACAGCAAGCAAAUUAAUUUUAUAUUUAAAAAAUUGUAUUUUCCUGGCUACUAGUACUUCACUCUAGCAUUUUCUGUCCAGAUGGGAUUUCUUUUAUUAACCAAAAAAAAAAAAAAAAAGAAAAAAGUCUGCACAUCACACUAAUUUAAAGUCAGCUUGAAGCUACUGUAUUCUAAAAUACAUUUAUCUGAAAAUGAAAAAAAUAAGUAUAAAAUAUUGUAUAAGAACUCAACUGGCCACACUUAAAUGUGCUAUUGUGAAUAUAAUUAAAGGCGACCUAGAAUGUCAUUUAGUACAAAAACAGUAAAACCUUAAAAUUAUUUAAAAUACAUGGGCUGGGGUUGUGUCUCAGAGGUAGAGAGCUCACCUGGCAUGCAUGAUGCACUGGGUUUGAUCCUCAGUAUCACAUAAAAAUAAAAUAAAGGUAUUGUGUUCACCUACAACUAAAAAAUAAAAUUUAAAAACUUAUUUAAAAUACAGAGUAUAUCUUUUUAUUUUAUUAUCUUCUUCACAUAAAGUUUGUAUAGAUAAAACAAGGCCCAUAUAAAUUUUUUAAAAUAAUAUAUAUAGAGUCUCAUAUUUUUAGAUUAAAUAAAUAUUAAAUAUUAAUAGUAGGAAACAUGGAAAAUGCAAAUUGCCAAAUUGAAUCAUGAACAAAAUUUUACUGAGUUUCAAAAGGUUGUUAAGGUUUUUUCACUCUCUUUCAUUUCCAUUCAUGCCUGCACUCCAUGGUUCUAGUACAUAACACAACAGAAAGAUAUUUUUCUUUCUUUUUUCGCUAAUGUGGGAAACUUUUGAGAUUUCAAAAGAUCAGUUCUCAAGAAAUUUCUGAUUCAGAGUUUCCAAUUCUCAUGGUUAAAAGUCCACACUUCUUGAGUGUUUUCCUAAUCAAAAUUUAGGUCAUUUCAGUCUCUUCUGUCAUUUGACCAUUAAAUAGAUCUUUUUAAAAUACUUAGUUUUUUUUGGUUUUUUUUUUUAUUGGAAUAGAAAACUUUAUAUCCUUUGCAAAUAAUUUAAGUGAGUCAAAAUAUUUUUAAAAUCUAUUUUUACAAAGGUAAUAGAGAGGUAUGUCAGACUCACUAGAGCACAGAAAGAAAAAUCAAAUAAUUUAAUCCUAUCAUUGAUGUUAUAUUCUUGGGAGCAGUUGGCCAAAAAUGUAACUUUUUAAUUUCUAAUAGUAGACUAUAAUAUUUUAUUAUCUACCAUAUAGUAGGAAACAUGCAGAAAUUAAUUUUAUGUUCUGAGUUCUUGAAGCAUUUAUUCAUUAAAUAACCCCUCAUUUGUCUUUUUGCGUAUGCAAAAUUUUAUAAAUUAAAUUCAUUUUCAUUAAAUUUAUUUGUAAAAUUACAAAAUUUAUUUAUAAUCAUUAAAUUGUGAAUAAAGAUACUAGAUAAUGUUACCUAUUAUCUAUAUAAACAAUUCUACUUUCACAUUUUAUAAGACAUGAAAGAGAAUCAUUAUCAUAGAAACUAUCAUAUGCAAAGUUGCUGUUCCAGUUAAGAUUAGCCAAUCUGGGGAUUAACUAAUCAAACUGCAUUCCAGCAAAUUCUAAUUUCUAUAUAUCCAUUUUCAUUUUACAUUUAAUACUUCAUGUGUAAAUUCUGUUCAAAUUUUUAAGGUAUAUUUAUAAUUUUGUAACUGGCACAACUGGUUUAUUGUACAUUUGGGUUGUUUCUACCUCUUGGUUAUUUAUAAAUACUGUUGCUAAGAAUAUGUUAUAUAAGUAUCUGAGCUUCUGAUUCAAUGAUUUGGGGUAUAUAAAUCCAUGGAUGAGGUUGUUGAGUCAUAUGGCAGUUCUGUUUUACUUAUUGAAAAACUCUUUUCUACAGUAGCUGCAUCCUUUAUUAUUCUCACUAGCAAUGUAGAAGGGACUCAGUUUCUCCACAUUUUCACCAACAUUUGUUUUGUUCCUAUUUCAUGACUAAUAUAGCAGGAAGGCAUCAAUCAAAAGCAUUAAUAUAAUAAAUAUUUGAAGAAAUUACCAAAAACUUACCUUCUUCAUUUCUUUGUUCAAAUGUUACCUUCUCUGUAAGGUCUUCUUAAUCACCCUACUUAAUACUGCAAUUUCUCUACCCCAUCAUCUAUCUUCUCUAUCCUUCUUAUUUCUCUCUUUAGCAUUUAUAACCAUCUAUAUAUACUAUAUGUCUAUUCAUUUUGUUUCUCAUCCCCAAAAUAUUUGAAUGUUAGCUUCUCAGGUGAGAGGCCUGAUCAGUUUUGUUCACUGACAAAUCUUCCACGGCAGCUCACUUCUUAGCCCAUAUUGUAAUGUACCAGUAUUUGCCUAAAUUAAUAUAAAAAGUGAAAUAAGCAGAUAACUUAAAUUUCUGUUACAGAAAUUGAAAGGCGCCCCUUGGGUCUAGAAAAAAGUUAAAAUGACAUCGUAACUGAUAAUAAACUCGGUAUCUUAUGAGAUGGUACGUGAUAAAAAUACACUGAUUAAAGAGGGUUGGAUGGGUAUAGAUUUAUAACAUAUUUCAUUUGGUUGCCUGUUUACUAUUCCACAUGUUCCCAUGUUCUAUUAUUAGUGUUAUAGUAGCUACUGAAUGUAUAUUUCUUUUAAAACUUGAUUAAUCCUUCACUUUUAUUUUGAUAUAGUUUGGCAUUUUUUUUUUUAUUUAUUUGUAACAUCUUUUAUAUGUGAAGAAUGUUUUUCCUUUGGCCUUAUGACAAGUGUUUUUUAGUCUAGAUUUUUCUUUUCAUAGAAUUUGGCAUUUUGUAUGUGGUCAAAUUGAUUUCUUUCUCUAUAACUUCUGCUGUUUGCAGCAUGCUGUGCCUAUCCUAGGUUGCUAUAAAUAUUAAUUCCUUCUAAAAAUUUUACAAUAAAAUUUUAAAAGGGCUAUAUGGAUUUAUGAAUGAGUUUUAUAUAAAAAUAAAGGUUUACCAAAAUAAAUUCUCUAGUAGACAUCAAAGCAGAUAACCCUAUAUUUCCAUUGUUCAACCUUAAUUGAAAUAUCUCAAAUGCAACAACACAUCUGAUUAUUGCAGACUUCUUUGUCCUACAGAAAUUUUUUCAGUUUCCUAAAUUAUUAUUAUUAUUUAAAUCAACUGCCUUGGUACAACCCUGGAACUCAAGUUGUGAUGUUGCACUUUUAACAUCCCUGUGAGCAUAGUGAAAUUAAGCAGCAAAGGAGAAACAUGAAAGGUCUGAGGUAUUCAACAUAGUCCACUAAAAAGCAAAGUUCCCUUUGGAUUGGGCAAAGGGGUGGGGUGGGGGGCCAUAGGGAAGGGACAUGUGGGUAGCAAAGGUGGUUGAAUGAGAACAUCAUUACACUAGGUACAUGUAUAAUUUCACAACUAAGGCAACUCUACACUAUGUACAAGCAGAGAAAUGAAAAGUUGUGCUCCAUUUGUGUAAAUGAAAUAAAAUGCAUUCUGCUGUCAUGUAGAACUAAUUAGAAAAAAAAAAUUAAAGUUAUUAUUAAAAAAAUGAAAAAAGAAAAAAAGCAAAAUUCCAAUAACACCCCUGUGUUUUUCCUAUUGUAAGCAGCAUUAGGAAAUUCUGCCACAACUAAAAUUGAAGGUACUUGAUUUAAUAAACUAUUCCCCAAAACUUAUGAAACAAAGAAAUUAGUUUUCUUAAACACUAAAUAAAACCCAAGCAAAUAUAAAAUUUCAGAUAGAUAGGUGAAAUGCAUAUAUAGAGAGUGAGGUUACAAAAUAUCACUUGAAAAGGUCAGAAGAGACCUAAAGUCAGCCAAAAGCUACUGCUCACUAGAAGACUCUGUAUUUGAUGAAAUAUCCAAAAUUCAUUAAUUCACACCACUUAAUAUGUUUUGAACAAAAGAAAGCAAAUAAACCCAGUGGAAGUAAUAAAAUUGCCUUGCUAUAAUGAUCACUAUUUUUUUUUUUAAAAAUGGCAAAUUUAUAGUUAAAUGGGUUUUGCUUAAUGGAAAAAUAUCCAUUGUGGAUUUCCUUCUAUCAGAAAAGGACCUUGAGUCUCUGACUAAAUUUAAAACUCUAUUGUAUAAUCUUCUGCCUUUAAGAAACUUAUAAACAAUUUGAAAAGAUUAAAUAUUUGCAAAUAAACAAAAAUCUAACCAAAUUCCCAAGCCCAUAGCAGGUAUGCUAAGAAGUUAAGAAACUCAUUUUAAGUGACCCAUCAAGUUAAGGAUCACUUUAACUCUCCACUGCUUUCACAGAGAAGAUUGCAGGGCCUCAGGCAUGUUAAGCCAGAGCUCUUCCACCCAGCCCUAAAUCUAACUUUAGAAGAAAGGAGUUUAAGUAGGGUGGAAAACAUGUUCUCAGUUGAAUAAAAGGAUGAGAACCUCAGGCAAGGUGGUAUGCCACUAUAAUCCUAGCUAUCAGAGACUGAAGCAGGAGGAUCUCAAAUUCAAGGUCAGCCUGGACAACUUAGGAGACCCUCUCUGAAAGCAAAAAAUAAAAAGGAAUAGGGAUGUAGCUCAGUAGUAGAAUGCUUGUCUAGCAUGCAGGACCCCCGAUUCAAUUACCACCACCACAACAAAAAGGUAAGAACCAAAUUUUAGACAAAAUAAAUGACAAGGCAUAAUUCAGGAAACCAUACAAGCUAUGAAGAGCAAUGAUCAUUUAUUGAGCACACAUGUGUCAGGCAGUGUUUUUUUUUGCCUACAGUAUAUAAUGUGAUCUUCAAAACAAUUAAGUUUUAUUUUAUUAAUCUUACUUCAUGGAGUUUAAGUAAUCUGCUCAAGGUUAAACUACUAGGAAGUAGCAGAGCUGAAAUUCAAAUUCAGGUGUUGUUCAUUUCAGAGUUUAGCCUCUUAACUAAUACACAAUACCAUAAACCAUGCUUGUCAGGAAAGGGAAGUUAAGGAGUAGAAUGAUAAAAGUUUGAAAAUGGACAUGAGACCAUAACCUUCCAAACAGCAAAGUCAAGUCGUUUUAUGGCACAUCAUGGCACUGAAUAUUUCUUAAACAAUUCUGAAAAAUAGGCCAUGAAGAAUUCUGAGAGUCUGAUCCAGUGAAACAAGACUCUUGACCUAUUUGUAAAAAUCUAAAGAACCUCUUUUAUGAAGGAUUCUAUUAAGCCAUAUUUUUUUAAAGUUUAAGCAAAAAUUACUCAAAUUUGUAAAUUCAUAUAGUAAGAACACAUUCCCUAUUUGAGAUUUUUCCUUUUUAUGUCCAAAAUAAAUAACAAUUUAGUAUUUAUUCUAACAAUUUAAUCUCUAAAUCCAAACCUCAAUUUAAGACUUUAAAGUAUUUUAACACUUUCUGGUCAUGUGAAUUAUGUUUUCAAUACAUGCAUUUUCUGAUCUAUUUUAUGGGCCAGCACACUUAUCAGCAAAUCAGAAAUACAGUUAAAUCAAAAAGUAAGUUACUUAGAUCCCUUCCCCCUUAAAAAAAAUAAAAAAAAAAAAGUUUUUCUUCACAAACCAAAAGCAAAAGCAAUGUAAUAGAGUAUAUACUGUCUACUAAUGUAUAUCAAAUAACAUUACAAUUUAAUAAAACUAUAAAUAAGAAAGUUUUAGGCAAAAAUGCCUAAUGUUAUUCCUCUAGCUUUAUUGUUCUCCAAGGUCGUUUGGGCUAUUCAGAGCCCUGUGAUAUUCCAAAAGAAUUUUAAGAUUUGUUUUUAUGUUUCUACCCAAAACAACAAUAAUAACAACAACAGAACAUGACAUUGGGAUUUUCAUAGUAAUUGCAUUAAAUCUGUGAAUUGCUUUGGAUAUAUUUGAUAACAAUGUUGUCCUCCAAUUCUUCAACAAUAAUAUUUCCUUUUAAUAUGUUUCCUUUAAUUUCUUUUAGCACUGUUUUAUAAUUUUCAUUAUGUAAGUCUUUAACUUCAUUGAUUACUUCCUAAAAAUGUUUUAUUAUUUAUGAUGCUAUUGUAAAUGGAAUUAUUUUCUUAAUUUUGUUUUCUGAUUGUUCAUUGUUAUUUUGUAGAAAUACAACUGAUUUUUUAAUGAGUUGACUUUGUAUUUUUCUACUUGGUGAAUCAAUGAUUAGUUUUAACAAUUUUUUGUGGGGUAUAUUAGGUUUUUCUACAUACAAGAUCAUGUUACCUAUAAACAGAGAUAAUUUUACUUCUUUCUUUCCAAUUUAGACUUCUUUAUUUCUUUUUCUUGCCUAAUUGCUCUGGCUAGUACUUACAAUACCAGCUUGAAUAGAAGUGGUAAGAGUAGGCAUCCUCAUUUUGAUCUGGAUCUUAGAGAAAAAGCUAUCUAAUUUUCACUAUUGAGUAAUAUGUUCACUGUGGGUUUUUCAUAUUAGUUUUAUUAUGUUGAGAUAGUAUGCAUCUGUUCAUGGUUUGUUAAGUAAUUAUCAUGAAAGAGUUUAAAAUUCUGUUAUUGUAUUAUGUGUAUUAAAUUGAUUAAUUUUUGUAAGUUGAACUGCUCUUGUAUUCCAAGAGUAAAUAUCACUUAUCAGUUAGACAUGAUGUAUACUCUUGUUAAUAUGCGCUGAAUUUGGUUUGUCUGCAUUUUGUCAAGGAGUUUUGCAUGAAUGUUAUGGGGGAAAUUGGUCUGUAAUUUUCUGGUAGUAUCUUAGUCCAGCAUUGAUAUCAGGAUAAUGUUGACCUUAUAGAAUAAGAAGUUUUUCUGUCUCUUCAACUUUUUGGAAAAGUUGGUAUAAUUGGUGUUAGUUCUGCAAGAAUUUGGUAGAACUCUCCAAUUAAACCAUCAGGUCCAAGACUUUUCUGUGUUGGAAGUUGUUUGAUUGCUAAUUAAAUCUCCUUAGUAGUUACAAAUCUACUUGGGUUUUCUUUUCUUUUCUUCCUUUCCACCUUUUUAUUGGUGCAAUAUAGUUGUACAUAAUGAUUUGUUGCUACAUAUUUGCCUAUGCACACAAUUUAACAAUAUAAUUGGGCCAAUGUCACUUCCCAGAAAUUCAAUAGUCUACUUAUAUUUUCUAUUUCUAAAUGAUUUAAUCUUGGUAAGAUUUUUUUUUUUUUUAUGUUUUUAGGAAUUUCUCCAUUUCAGUAGUUUAUCCAUUUGCUGGAACACAAUUGUGCAUAGAACUUUCUGUAAUUCUUAUAUUUGGUAGAAUCCAUAAUAAUAACUGAUUUGAGUGACUUGAUGAAUAAUCCUCCUCCUUGUCCUCUUCUUCCUCUUACUCUUUUUGUUUUUCUCGUUAGAUUAAGAUUUGUCUAUUUUAUUUAUUGUUCUCUUCAAAGAAACAACUUUUGGUUUCAUUUUCUCUAUUCUCUAUUUAAUUGAUCUCUAUUCUAAUCUUCAAUAUUUUAUUCAUUUUAUUAGCUUUAGGUUAGUUUAUUCUUCUUUUCAAGUACCUUAAGUUAGUCGUUGACUUGAGAUCAUUAUUUCUUUUUGAUGUGUUUAUAACUAUAAACUGAUUUUGCUGUGUAUCAUAUGUUUUGGUAUGUUAUGUUUUAUUUUCAUUUUUCAUUAAGUUUUUCCUAAUUUAUAUUUUUAUUUAUUCUUUGAUCCAUUGGUAGUGGAUUAUGUUGUUUAAUUUCUACAAAUUUAUAAAAUUUUACAAUUUUACAUCUGUUCCUGAUUUCUAACUUCAUCCCAUUGUGGUCACAGAGGUGCUUUAUAUAUCUUUUAAAAAUCCAUUGAAACUUAACAUGCGGUCUCUCCUGGAAAAUAUCUCUUGUGCACUUGACCAGAGUGUGAAUGCUGUUGGUAGCUACACUGUUAUAUACAUAUCUGUUAAAUCUGUUUGGUUUGUUUGGUUUAAAUUCUCUAUUUUUUAAUUAUCUUCUUAUUGUCCUAUCCUUUUUUGAGAGUAGAAAGAGAAGUCUCCCACUUUCGUAGUAUAACUGUAUAUUAUUCCCUUUAAUUUUGUUGUGUUUGCUUCCUAUAUUUCAGAAGUUAUAUACUAUAACUUUCAUUUUCAUUUUCAUUAUACAUAAUGAUUUUCUAUUUCUCUUAUAUAUAACUAAUUUUUAUAUGUGCUAUCUGAGUGGUAAAAUAAAAGGCCAUUUUCUUAAUAUAUUUCAAUAUUUAAAAAAAAACAAAUAAUUUUAUAAAAAUUCAAACUAGCCUGUAGCACUGGAAAAAGAUAGUAUGUACUUUACAACCAUACUUUCUUACCAAAAGGUCUAUUCAUUAUUUUGUACAAUGAGUUCUUUGUCUUUAUUCACAUCCUCCUAAUUUUAUGUAUGUUUAGGAGUACCAGCAAGGCUAUAGCCUGGUUCUAAUUCUAUGGUUUUCCUAUAUUCCAUUUUCCCAAUCAUCUUUCUACUACUCGAUCCUCAGAGCAUAUCUAGUCAUUAAUCCAAAUAAAAUAUCAAAUCUACAAAGACUUUUUUCUCAAUAAAGGAAGAGUUGAAUGAUGAUAUACUCUCUUUGUCAUAAGCAUAGUUACUAAAGACAUCAAGUUGAUAUAUUCAGGUAUUGCAGCAUGGAAAGGCAAUUUUUAAAAAUUCCUAAUUCAAGUUAUUUAAAGACAUCAUCCCCAAAAUAUCCUACCUGAGUUACAAAUUUCUAAACACAUUGUACUUUAAGUCUGAAGGAAGCAUAUUUGAAACUGAUAUGUUUAUAAUAGUUAUAAUAUAGGUUUAUAUUAGUUAUACUAUAGGUUUAUGAUAGUUAUAAUAGUACAUUAUAGUUUGUUUCCCUAGAAUGAAACAUAAAAAGAAAAUAUCACUGGAAUUAUACCUGUUAGAGAUUAGGCUGUUUAGAAACAGAUGCGAAAAUGGAGUAUGGUAUGCCAGAUAUUGAUUAGGAAUCCAUAUGUGUGGAAGUGAGAAAAAGAAAUCAAGAUUGGCCAAAGAUAAGUCAAACUGAGGUUCAGGCCUCCAAAGCCUUGGGCAAACUCAUGGGAAACUCUGAAGUGUAUACGGAUAAGUGUUCUAGGGCAACUUACUGACUGGGACUUUAUAUCCUUGGUGCACUCAGUCAUUAGAUUUAAACUGUCCCCAGAAGAGUUUAUUCUUAUGUGAUGGAUGCAGCUUUUGCAGUUGAAACAAUUUAGAUAGGAUUCAAAGGAUGCUGAUAGCAUUCCCAGAAGUUGGGCAAUAGCUCGUUCCUUAAAUAACAAUCUGAUUAGUGCUUCUCCAUGUCCACCACAGCAUGCCAUGCAAAACCAUAUCUCUUCUACACAGUAUUCACAAGUAUUCCCGUUGGUUACUGACCCUGGAAGUCCAUCUAGGCUAUGGGAUGGAGACUUUCAUUUGACUCCAAUUCUCUAGUGAGUCACACAGGUCAAAUGAUUGUCAUGGAUGUGCUAGAGUAAAAAAGUAAAUAAAAAUGGCAGGGCUUUGUAUAAUAUAGUACCAUUUAUAAAGUGUCAUUCACAUACAUUAGCACUUUGACUCUAAUGACAAAUUUAAAUUCUUUUAUUAUCUAUUUUGAAAAGUGGGAAACUAGAAGGUCAAGGUCAAGUGAUUUGCUGUGUUUGAACACAGAUAAUUAGAAGCUGGGCUGUGAUCCUCUGACUCCCAAUCCCAUCAUUAUAGAGAAAAUGUAUCAUGGCAGAAAGACCAUGUUAUUUGGAUUCAGACAAUACUGGUUCAAUCCCAGAAUUUCCAUAUUUUAGCUGAGUGAACUUGGGCAACUUUGCUUAAACUCUGUGAGGCUCAAUUCCUCAUACAUAAAGUAAUAAUUAACUCUCUGCUCCUUAGAGUCAUUAUAUGUAUUAAUUUACACUAAGUGCAGAAAGGUGUUUAAACAAUUGAAGUUAUUUUUAAUCCUUCUUGAAAUUAUAUUUCAUUUGUUUCUAUGAACUGAGUACUAAUCAUCAGCAAUACCACCAGAAAGGGCUCCCUCUUAAAGUUCUGAACUGGAAUCAUUUAGAAACAGGUGAUAAAAACAUAAAUGUGUCUUUUGGUUCUAAAUGUAGUUAAGUCACAUGGUUAAAUUAAUAUCUACUUUAAGCAAUGGUACCACUGAUUUUUAAAACUUCCCUAAUACUGAAGGAGUCUUCAACAAGUUAAUCUUUUGGCCAUAUAUUUCUACUUAUAGAGGUUUGAUUUUCAACUUUGGUAGUGAAUGAAAUACAUAUAAGUUAACUUGUUAUAAAACAAUGUUGAAUCCUAUGGCACCAACAAGAUUCCAAAAAAGAGAAUGAUUAUUAAAGUGCAGAGCACCCUGAAUACAAGUUUUGCCUUAUGAAAGUAUACAUGAUACAUUAGAGAAGUAGCUGACUCUGUAGAACUGAAGCCUACUUCUUGAUUUAGUAAAUAUAGGAAUUCUAGAGUCAGCUGAUUAAAAAGUCAUGCAACCUUGAACAAGUUAGACAUUCUCUCUUGGCCCCAGUGUCCUUUUUAAAAUAAAUAUUUAGUAGUUGAGAUUAGAAUUUGUAUAACCAUAUCCAGAUUCAAAAUUCUGAGGGUCUAUAAAUUCACUGAAAAAUAUACCUACAGUGGAUGGAACAAGAAAAAAAAAAUAACUUGGGUCAAUCAGAAAUUAAUGAAUCCCAGGAAGGCCCAGGUUCCUCUGCAACAACCCCUUCCACACAAAGCCUUUGACAUUUGUAAUUUUUUUUUUUUUUUUGCAAGACUACUGAAUUAUUAUGUUUUAACCCACCCUUGGAGUGGCCUUCAGAUACCUUCCAUCAAACCUUGUCAGUAUUUGAAGCAAUAAUAAUACUGAGCCAGGUGGACCUGUUUUGGAACAGAUUAAGCCUGUAUAUUGAACUACUAAGCUGCAAGAAAUACCAAGGAGAGGAAUAUGUUAAAUGAUACAAAGGGAAUCUGGUCAGUAAAAUUCAAAUAAGAAACUGUGUGAAGAUUUCUACACCAAUUAAAAAAGGAGAGACAGGAAGAAAGCGAUGGAGAUGUAACAAAGAAGUCUUUUGAUUAAAAGUAUUUGAGAGACAUAUUUAUGAACUGCAAUUGGAAAAAUUUUAAUCUUGACUUGAAUAAAUGAAGUUUUAAAAAUAAGCAUUUAUGGGACAAUCAUGGAAACCUGAGCAAUGAUUGGACAUUUAAUGAUAUUUAAAAUAUAUCAUUAAUUUCUAAGUUGACAUAAUGUUAUAUUAUGAAAAAGAAUUAUCUUUGGAGAUCUCUGCUGAAAUAUUUAUGGAUUCCAUAUGAUAUCAGAGAUUUGUUUCUGUGAAAUCUUUGAUGUCAUAUUGUUUAAUCCAUAAAUAUUUGGAGAAGAAAGGAUAAAAUAUUAGUGAAAGGAAAUUAAAACUGGACAUUAGUAGAUAAUUUUUCAAGUUGAGCAAUACUAUAUUUUGUUUGGAUGUUUGAAAUUUCCAUCAUUAAAUUUAAAACACAUGUGUGCAUGCACACACACACACACACACACACACACAGAUACUGCUUAUGAAUAGAAAGGAAUCCUAUUGAUAAGUAAAGCAUGAAUUUAGAAUUGUCUUUACUUAGAAAUCUCUUGCUGACACUAUGUGCUGAAGAGUAAUUUCUAUUAGCCACAAAAUUCCCAUGAAAUUGAGAUGACUUCACAACCUUCCAUGGAAAACACCUAGAAUGCUGCAGGAAUCCCAUGGUAUAAGAACCAAAUUUGAACUUAAUUGCAGCAGGAGCUUUUGUAAAAUCUUAAUAAUAACUUAAAAACUCAUAAUAAUUCUGCUAUGAAUAAAUUUGCACAAAUUUCCCUUUAACUGUGUGGAUCCAGGGUCUCCAGGUAGGGCACAGAAAUUGUCAACCCUUUGUAGCAUUUGUAUACAGGACAGGACAUUUUAUAUACAUUAAAAAAGUAGGAAAGCUUUACAUUUGAAAACCCUUCUGUUCUGAUGAAGCAAGUGUACUGCACAGAGGAGACAAGUCACUGUCUUUACAGGGACAGUAAGUAAUUCCUGUGGAGGGAGGAGAGAAAGGGAGAAAUUACAGCCACAGUUAAUUUUAUUUUUAUUUCAUGUCCGUCUUUAUACAAGGUCUUCAAAUUAUCUCAUUGAUAGCAGUAAUCAAAGAUAGAGAAUGGAAAUACAUCAUGCCAAGGCAUGUGCUCAUACACACAUACACAUACACAUAAUGCAGGAGUGACAGCUGAUGGACCCUGAUGGUUCUUUCCAGCCCAAUUAUGAUUGAUAGCAUUCCAUUACCUUUAUGCUUAUUUUAAAAUCCUCUUGACACAGAUUGAUUAAAGGCAUGGACCUCUAUGAACCUAUGAAAAAUUUAUGGAUUUUGAAAGAGCUUUAACAUGUACCAUUUAAGCACAAAUCAUUUCCUGGCUGUCACUGUUUUUCCCACAAUCUCUCUUAUGUUGGUAAUAUAUGUUUAAUAAUCAAAAACCGAUGCUAGGGAUUAAAGCAUCAAGAUGUUACAGAAUAAAGCGACAACAACAACAAAAAAGAAAUUAAAUUUAUAUGAUUUUAACUAUUCUUUAAUCUGCUUCUGGGCAACAAAAGUGAUUUUUGUCAGCUGCUAUGGCAUUAAACUUUAAUUUUCUUCCACCGGCACAGGAUUAUAUAAAGGAGUAUUGGAUUGCACUCAGCAUGGAUUAGCGGAGCACUGUCUCUGCUGCCAAGGAGAAAUGGAUUUCCUUCUUUCUUUGAUUUAUAUUUUUAUUGCUGUUUUUCCCCUCCUUCUAAUUCCCAUUACCCUUCUGUUUGCCAGCUCUGAGAUACCCUGUAGGAGCAGCAGCAAGGCAGGCAGAAUUAUUGGUUUAUUGCAUAUAGUUAUGUUCCAAGGCUUUUCAGUCAUCUAUGUCAGAGUCUCCAGCCAUGGAGACUGCAUGCCAAUUUUAAACUAUAAAAUUAAAAAAAUUAAGGUUAAAAAGUCACCUUUUGCUUGCUGAAAAUCAGUAAAACCAGCUGGAUUUGACCUCACAUCUAAUGUCCCAGCUGUAUCUCACAACAGGUAGAAAAAACCUCAGUGGGGUAGAUACAAAAUAAAAAUCCCAGAACUACCUUUUGCACACAAGAAGGUAUGUAUAGCAGGGUCCCUGAGAUUCAGAAUGGAGAAGAAGCCCUCUGGCUUUACCUUUUGGGUCUUUGGGAUACCAGUUAUCUCUGGAAACAAGAGCAAAUAAACUCCCUCCAGUCAAGGCACACAGGGCCAAUAGUUGGCCCUGUGUGUAAAGCCUAGAGGGGAUGCUAAGGGCAGGGCUCCAAGACUGUGAUGGAGAGACUGAUUGAAUGAAGCAGAGGACAGCUCACUAACAGUGGCAAGUAAACAAGAACAAUGGUGUGCUCUGUUGGUCUGCAAAGAACUCUGGAUUUCUGAAGAAGAAAAUAAGCCUGCCAGACUUCAGUUUGAAUUUUGGUUCUCACAGACUUCUUGAAAACAGUGUCAUGAAUUCCUGAGUUUCAGAAAAGUGGCUAUUAGGGAGCCACUCCACAGCAGAUGUUACUUAGCAAUACUUGCAAGGAAUCCAAGUGGCCAAAUGAGGGUCUGACUCUACUUACAGUGAGUAGCUCCUGUCCUGGGGGACUGGAAUUGAUUCCCAAAGGAAGUACAGUGAGCUUGCCCAUGCUAAAGAAACUUGUCUGUGAUUAAGAGAACCAUUGUAAAGAUCGGAAUAAAGAUUAAGAAAGUCAUUGGUAGGCCAUUCAAACUGAAGAUCACGACCUCAUUAAUGGAGUAGAGGUUUCCAGAGAAUUGAAAGAGCAGGAAACAUUGCUCAUGAAUUCAUCCUCUUGUGUCUUUUCAUAUAUUCAAAAGUUGGAACUAUACAAGUGCAGUUAAGUGUGAACCAUAUCCAUUCACCUUUCAGUACAUCUAUUUAUGGAGUAAAUAAUGUACAAUGUGUUUCUAGAAUGGAGAGACACUUUUUACUGUCACUCAUCCAAUAUUUCAGUGUAUUUUCAAACCAUAUACAAUAUUAUGCAAUGAAAAGGGAAAUAUUAAGAAGCCUCAUUCCAAAGUCAUACAAUAUUUGGGUCAGAUGUUCAGUUCAUGUUUGUUCCAUUCUCCUUCAGCAUGACAAUACUAUAUGACAUGCCACAAACAUGCAGUUAAAGACUCUUUUUAAAUAGGCUAUUUUGAUUUUUUAUUAUAACAGCUUAAAGCAAUUCUAUGCCACCCCAAAUCUCUAGCAAAUUCCAAGCUAUAUUGAACAAACUUUUAUUUUGAGAUACUACUUGGAAAGACUAAAUUUGGUUCCAUUGUUCCUGUCUCUUCUAAUGGAAUUCUGGACAGUAAACUUUUUUUUUUUUUUUUUUUUUUUUUUUUUUUUUAAUGCAAGUUCUCCUGUAUGCAGUCUGCUUUGGAGACUAGGAAUUACCCUGAAAACAACUCUAAGGUUUAACAAAAACCUACAAUAUCUCAGGGAAAAAAAUAGAUCACAUGGGGGAAACAACUUUUGAAAAAUAUAAAAGUUAAAGAAAAAUUUUCUCCACUAAAUGUAUUCCAGUGGAGUAGGUUCAUCAUGGCAUUUAUGUCUUAUGCCUUAAGCAGAAAUUAAAAAUAAAAUUUGUCUUCUCUCUUCUAAGUUCGUUUGAUAUAUAGUGCUGUCAUGUUCCAUUUGUUUUCUUUAAAAAAACAAAAUCAUUCAACAAGACUUUCAUAAGUUUAAUUACUCUAAGAUAUAAAUGACAAAAAAAUUUUAAGUAUUACUUCAGUACCUCACAAUUUUUGUUGUAUUAAUGAGUUAAAACUUCUUAGGACCUCCUAUAGUUUGCCUCUUUUGACUAAGCAUCCAGCUACACUUGAAUAAAUUUAUGUACAUGAAGAUCACAUUAAAAGCACUGGGAACUUUAUUCCUAAGUUUAUAGUAAAUUAAUCAAAUUCAUUUCAAUAUGUAGCUUUUAUCUAAAAUGUAUCCCCCCAAAUGUAGUAUGUGUGUUUUUUUUCCUUCUAACAUCAAAUAUGUGCCUUUUUGUCAUACCAAUUCUAUUUACCAAGUAUCCAACAAUUCAAUUUUGACCUAACUUUCAGAGUUAACACAGACUCUACAGACUGUCUCUAGUUCAAACACCAUUUGCAAAUGGAGUAGUUAGUUAUUCCCAUUUCUUCCCAGCACAUUAAAAAUUCAGGAAUUUCCAUGACCUCCUCCUCACGUUUGAUAAUUUACUAUAACCACUUACAGAAAUCAGGAAAGUGUUUUACUUACAAUUACCAGUUUAUCAUAAAGGAGUCUAGAGAAGAAUAAUCAAUGGUGAGAUAUAUAUGGUAAAGGAUUAGGAGAGGGACAAUCUCAGAACAGUGAAUUUGUAAUUAAUGUAAAUAUGUCCUAAUACCUCUGUCUACACCAUCAAUCUAGGAUACUCUUGCUUUGGAACUGGAUUUUGUAAUUUUCCUUUUAAUUUCUGAGUGUAUAUUCUAUUCCAAUUUAUGAAAUCUGGACAAUUUAGAUGGCACGGUUAGACCAUUGAUUGGAUAUUAAACCCAGGGUAUAUUAAAGGAUUUUCUUACUAAAUAGCUCUGAUGGAUUAAAAAAAAAAAAGAAUUAGGAGAGGAGGAGAGGGGAUGAACAGGCUGAGUUUGUAUGUACUCUCUGGGUGAAGUAGUCUCCCAGGAUGUGAAUGCAUUGGUCAACCCAGAAGCUCUCUGAAUCAGAUUGCUAAAGAGUUUUUAUACAGGUUUCUUUAUAAAGGUAUGGUUCAUUAAGUCAAUGACUAUUGAUGAUUGAUCUCAGUUUCCAGACCCUUUCUCUCCCCAGAGACUUGUAUGUGGGGCUAAAAUUUCAAAUCUUUUAAUAAUAUGGUUGUUUUUUUCUGGUAACCCUCAUCUUGAAGCUAUCUAGGACCCCCUCUCAUCAUGUUACAUAUCAUUAACAUACAAAAUGCCAUAAUUCUAAUUGUCUUAGGAGCUCUCUGCCAAGAACUGAGGACAAGACUUCAUUUUUUAAAAUUAUCCUACACAGUGGCUUCCAAAACAGAUAUUAUUUUUUUGUCAUCAAUCUUUCUUCAUGUCAGUUGGGUCUCUGCUGAGCGUACUUCAUUACCUGAGCUUGGCCCAAGUUGUGGUUUGGUUGAGAUAUACUUGAUGUAUAUUCAUGUGUAACUUUACAAUAGGGAUGCAUUCUGUCUAAAUUGUGUUAUCAGGCAGUUUGUUAUGAUGCAAAUAUCAAAAGAGUGUAAUUAGUCAAACUAAGUUAGCUACAAUAUCACUAGCUGAUAUAAUCUUAUGAGACCUCUGUUGAGACCCAUGACUGGUUCUUUUCAUUGGGGCUCAGCAGUUACCCAGUAUAUGUUUCUGUCACUAUGAGUGGUCAAAGAAUAGGGAGGGUGUACCAAAGACUGCAAUGGUUUUUUAGACCUCAUACUAGAAAUGAUAAUCCAUCUUCUUCACUCACAUUCAACUGGCCAAAGCAACUCACAUAGACAGUAAGUUAUCAGGACAGGGAAGUAAACUCUACACAUAUGAAAUUAGUUGGGUAGGGAGGGGGAGGCUAGAAAUAAAUGUUGACGAAUAAUUCAAUACAUCAUAAGUCUACAUAUUUUAAUUUUCUUAAAGAGUCACAAAACAUCUGGCUAUGUUCCAGCCAGCCCAUGGGUCAUAGUUUGCCGACUCUCAUAACACAAUGCAGUCUUCCCUAUUGUCACAAUUUUCCAUCCCAGAUGCAAAUCAAUGAUAUCUCAGGUCACAUUCAAUCAGAAUCAAAGUAUAGAAUCUCAUGGAUCACUAUCAAAUCAAAAUGCAGCGUGUGUUCUAAAAAUAAAGUUUGUUCCUGCUUGACAAGUGGCUCGUGAAUUGUGCCCAGCCAGACUGUGGCAGCUUCUGUCUUCUGCUGGGUAAAGGGAAGCACAGAAACAAAGAUUACUAAUCAUUGUGAUAAAUAGAACAGCAGGAAAAUAACCAUUAAGUUGAAUAAUAGAAUUCCAUGAGGUAAGCAAAAAAGAAAGGAAAAAAGGGAGGGAGGAGGGAAGGAAGGAAUUGUUUUUAUAAAAAAAAAAAAAAAUCACUUAUUGCCCUCACAGGCCCUUUAUACCAAUCUGGAGAUUUAUUUUUGUCUAGCCUUCCAAAAGAAAUGUUGGUGGUUAAAGGUUCCAUAUUUUACUUCAACAUGCAUCCUCUUUUCUUCUUUCUUAUUUUACUUGUUUACUUUUUGGGGGGAGGGGCUAACAGAGGAUUGAACCCAGGGCCUCACACAUGAUAAACAAGCACUGAGCUACAACUUCAGCCCUUUAUUUUAAGACAGGGACUUCCUAAGUUCCACAGGGUGGCCUUGAACUUGUGAACUUUGGAUCCUCCUACUACCUUGGGCUCCCAAGUAGCUGGGAUUACAGUUGUGUGCCACCACACCUAGAAUUUCUUUUAAGUCAUUCACAAUGUCAGAAAUGAUCUAGCUCAAUGAUUGUUGAUCAAAGUACCAACUUCCUUUGAAGUUAAAAUUUUACCUUCUUGCCAAAUGGGUAGUACUCUCAGGCUUGAAGGGGAGUGAGGAGGUGAGGGGAGGAGGGCAUAGUUUUGCUCUUCCCUAUUUCCCCACAUCCAUUUUCCUAUCCACCCAACUCGCAUUUCCACACACAAGGUGUUGAAUCAAAGUGUGGAAUCUGCUUCAUCAGAGAUGGAGUUAGGCAAAGAGAGGAGAAGGAAGCAUUAGGAAAUGGUGCAAUUUGACUGCUGCUAUUAGAAUCUGGGAACAAUAGAGUCUCUAAGAAAGAGUUUAAAUUUAUUUAUUCCAUAAAAUAUUAAUGGAAUAACAAUAUUACUGUUCAAAACACAAGGAACAUAUAAGAAAUUCUUGAUUUGUUCAAAGAAGAGCAAGAGGGCCUACUAUGGCUAGAGUAGAAUAAGCAAAGGAAAUAAUGUUGGCGAUUAGGCUACAGAAGUAAAAAGAUCAUAAGGAAGAAACUCAUAGGACACUGGGAUUUUUCCUGAGUUAAAAGAUUCUGGAAGUUUGGAACAGAGAAGUAACAUGACAUGAUAUAUAUUUUUAAAAGAUAAUACUGGCUUCAAAGUGGAGAACAGACUUAAAGGCAAACAAUGGAUGCUGGAAGACAACUGGGAGGCUAUUUCAAGAAAUAAGAUGGGGACUGGGGUUGUGGCUUAGUGGUAGAGCCCUCACCUAGCAUGUGUGCAGCCCUGGUUUUGAUCCUCAGCACCACAUAAAUAAAUAAAAUAAAACUGUUGUAUCAAACUACAACUAAAAACUAAAUAUAUAAUAAAAAAAAAGAAAGAAAUCAGGUGGUUUGACCCAAAUGAUAGAGGAGGUAAAGAUAUAAUUACAUAGACUCUGGAUAUACUAUAAAGGAUUUGAUGAUGAACCAAUUAUUUGGUAGGAGAAUGAGGAAGAAGUCAAACUGAUUCUAAAGUUUUGGGCCUUGGAAACUUGUAGAAAGAUAUUGUCAUUUAUGGAAAUAAGAAAAAAAAUGUGAGAGGAUAAGGUUUGAUUUAAAAAUUAAAUGUACAAAAACAGGGGUUUGGUUUUGUACAUAGUAAGAUUAAGCUUUCUAUUUGACAGAAGUAACAAUUUGAUAUACAAAGUUGAAGUAAAGCCUGGUCAGCAUAUGUACAGUAUUUUAAAGAUAUGAAAAAGUAAAUGUGUGGAUGGAGAAGAGAUCUCAGGUCAAAGACUGAAAAAGAACAGUUGAUACUGCAUUUAAAAUAUUUGUAUUUAGGAAAAAAAUAUAAUCAAAGAAUCAAACAUCACCUUUAAAUAACUACAUUAGUGUAAGCCAGGAAUAGUGGUUCAUGCCUGUAAUCUCUGCUACUUGGGAGGCUAAGACAAGAGGAUUAAACAUUCUGGACAACUUAGCAAAGACUCUAUCUCAAAGUAAAAUAAAAAGAGCUGGAGACAUAGUUUAGCAGUAUAGUGCCCUGAGUUUAAUACCCACUACCACCAAAAAAAAUAAUAAUCUUUAAAAUAAAAACAUAUCAAUAUACAAAAUAUAUAAUUAAAAUGGUUUAAUUAAAAGUUAAAUAAUUAUCAAAAAUAUUUCCAAAUACAGAGAUCAUUUUCUAAAUAAUGCUUAAAGUCACAGAGAGUUACCUGAGGUUGAAGCUUGCAAUCAGUAACUGUUAAAGACAUUAAUGAUCAUACAAUUAGUUGUAUUUCUUUUUGUGAAGAUAUUUUCAUAUUACAAAAUGUAUUUACUUCAUCUGAAGUGUAACAAUAUGAUUAUCUCCUGAGAUACCAAAUUAAGAUUUUGCUUCUUUGGCAGUCAAAAUACAGUAUAAAUAUCUACAAAUGUGAAAUUAAAUAUUUUACUCCUUUUGACAUCUCCUAAGAGGAUACAUGCACAUUCAGCUGUCAGAUAAAGCUCUACAAUCCACUGCAUUCAUAUUGCAUGAUUACUGUCAUUGACAUACCUGGAAUGAGAAAGUAAGAAUUAAUAUUGGUCUACCAAAAGCACAGCAUUAAUCUUCCCUGUUUUAAGAAAAGAAUUACCUUUGAUGAAAAGAGUCACAUAUGUGGAGAGGGAGAAAACAAAUGAACCCUGUAGUAUACAGUAUUUAAUUGGAAUUGAAUAUAGGUGUAAACUCUGAUUUUCAAUGAAUAUAGAGAAAUAAAUAUGAAUACAUUUUAUAUGUAUUUAACAAGAUUUGUCCACUAAGAAAUCAUGGUAGCAAUGAUAUCCCAAUAGCAAUGAAUAUACUUAUUCCCUAAAUAUUGUAUUCUAACUAUUAUUCUCCAGCAAAUAGAAUUAAGGCUUCAUAGAGAAACAGUUGAUAGUAGGACUGGUGCAGGAAAAAAUAUAAGAUGACCCUUAUAUGUGUUGUUGGAUAAGAAAGUGUUCAAAGAGUAAUGAAGAUACCUCAGAAGGACCAAGAAGUCAAUUUGAAAUGUCUCCAACUGUCCAAAUCUCUGACAAUAUGAACAUCAAAAUGAAUAUUAAAAGAAUGAAAUAUAAUUAACUAAAUAAAAUAGAAACCAUUAGGCCAUUUAAAUAUGAAUAAAUAAAUGAAAAGUUUGAUGAAAAACAAAAUAAGCACUAGUAUCAAAGAAUACAAAAUAGCAGUUACAAACAAAAACACAUAAAUUUUUAGUAAAAAGUCCAACAGGCAGUACUUUAAUCAAGUGAUUCAGUUGAGCAACAUUAGAAAUGGGAUUAAUUUAAAUCAUGUAAUACCAGACUGGAUGAAAUAAGAAGUCAGUCUCACUUGUGUGCUAUUCCUACCAAAGACAUAUAACAUGAAACUAAACAUGAGAAAUGUCACACAAACCCAAAAUGAAAGACAUAAUUAAAAUAACUGGCUUAUAAUAUUUAACUCAUUGUAAGUUAAGCAUCAACUAUGUUGGUUCCAGACUGAGAAGACUAAUUUUCAUUACAAAAUUUUCCAGUGAUUUUCUAACGUGCAUUUAUCACAUAGAUUACUUAUAUCAACUUCUUCACUGAAAUUUUUAAAUAAAGAAUACAUGUUUUUAAAAAUUUGAACAGUCUGAUGUAGAAAUUCCAUUUCUAGGUAUACAAUCUAGAAAAGCACUUGAAUGUACAAUGAGGCAUCUAGAAGGGUAUUUAUGGCAGCAUUUUUAUAAUGAUAAAAACAGGAAAUACAUGUAAAAUAAUCUGAAAACAUGCCAUGAAAUAUCCAUCUAAAGAAAAACUAUGUAGCAGUUAAAUACACACACAUACACACACACACACGUACACACACGGAACUUGAUUGACAAGAUAUCUGUUGAACAAAGGAACUAUUGCUAUAGAGCCACAUACAUGAUACCUUUUAGUGUAAAAUAAAUAAACUACCCAUAUUCUAGGUCAAAACAGAAUGCACAUCAAACUGAUGUAGUAAUAGAGUGUCUACCUCCUAGGAAGGUGUGAUCUUUAGUCUUAUGAGACUUUUAAUUUUUUAAAUGAGGAAACGUACUUGUUAGUUUGGGUGUCUUGUUUUGUUUUGGUUUUGGUAGAAAGAUACACUCCCCCACCCCCCCACACACAAUGUUCAUGGACUAGGAAAAUUGCUAUUGUUACAAUUGCUGAGCUAUCCAAAGAAAUCUACAGAUUCAGUGCAAUUUCUACCAAAAUAACAAUGAUAUUCUUCACAGAACUUGGGGGGCGGGGAUCUUAAAAUUCAUAUGGAAGCACAAAAGAGCACAAAGAGACAAAUUCUGAGCAAAAGGAUCAAUGCUGGAGGCAUCACAAUACCUGAUUUCAAAAUAUACUAUAGAGCCAUAGUAACAAAAAUAAAAUUAUAUUGGCAUAAACAAAAAUAUAUAAGCUAGUGGAGUAGAAUAGAGAGUGCUGAGAGCCAUAGCCAAGUAGGAAUUACGCAUGGCAAUUUCCUUGUCAGCCUACCCAAUGUUGCCUAGAGGGAGGACUCUCCAUUGUGGAAAUGGGCUUGCCUUGGACCCAGGUCAUUUGCAGUGACAUUGCAUGAAUGUUUGAGAAAGGUGACCAUGCUCAAGGACCAGGGUGGAUCCGGGUUUAGGGUGGAUCUGGGUUUAGGGUCAAUCCUGCUUGUAAUAGGGUGGUUCCAGGUUUAAGGUGGAUCCUGCUGGGAAUAGGGAGUAUCCUGCUGCCUCAGGCGCCCACUCCUUGAGUUCCCAUUGAGUUCUCCUGGGAUUCAGAGAGUAUUUGGUAUGCAGAGCCCAGUGGAGUGUGUGGAUUUUCCCAGAAUGUGCCUGUAGAGUGCCGGUGACAGUUUGAGAAUAAAGAAUUGCUAUUUGAAUCUACAAGGCUGUGAGUGGCUCGUGAUUUUGCCAGCCAGACAGCGGCAAGAGAGUCCAAAAAAUAAAUUCACACAUCAACAGUCAACUUACUCAUCAGAGAGAAGGCAAAAAUAUGUAUUAAAGAAAAGACAGCCUCUUCAACCAAAGGUACUUGGAAAACCAGAUAUCCACAUAAAGAUUGAAACUAGAUCCUUCUCUUUCACCCAGUAUAAAAAUCAACUCAAAAUGGACCAAAAACCUUAAUAUAAGAUCAAAGCUCCAAAACUACUAGAGGGAAACAUAGGUGAAAUACAUUAAGAUAUCAGCACAGGCAAAGAUUUCCUCAGGAUUCUAAUAGCUCAGGAAACAAAAGAAUGGCUAUUAUCAUUAAAAAAAAAAAUAAAUGCUUGUGAGGAUGUGGAGAAAAAAGGAAUCCUGAUAUUCUAUUGGUGGGACUGUAAAUUAGUACAGCUACCAUGGAAAACAAUAUGGAGGUGUCCUUAAAAAACUAAAAAUAGUACUACCAUUUGAUCCAGCUAUAACGUUCUUGGGUAUAUACCUGAAGAAAAUGAAGACAAUGUACAAAAGAUACAGCUUAUAAUAACACAAAAAUGUGUAUGAAUAGUGUGUUUUUCCUUUUAAGGGCAUAUUUUUAAGCAAUGUAAAAGAUAAACUUAGCAAUAUCUGAAAAGAAACAUCAAAAUAUUAAGACUAAUUGUUUUGAGGCUGGAAAUCUGUGGGGUUCUUCUACUUUUUCAUUUCUUUCAAAUUUGCUACAUAUUACUCUCUAAAACAGAAAAUUACUAAAAGGAUUCCCUUCUAUGUCUUCCGAAUCUAAGCAUGAUUAGAUUUGGAAGAGGUAGAAUUACAAAACCGCACAGUAGGAAUUCAAUAAAUAAAUGAAUGUAUCAUUAAACAAAGAAUUACCUUAAAAAAGUUUGCAGUCCUAUCUACUGCAGAGCCUCAGAUCUUAUGGUCCUGGAUCUUUAAGGGAGUGACAAACAAUUCUGCUUCUACACCUUAGGAGCAGACCUCAUUUCUGUCAGCCUUGGCACUAGGUCUUGAUAAGCUUUUUCCAGGGUACCCACCAACCACUCCUACUAGACUCACUGGAGUCCAUGUGAGACAGCAGAUUGAAGCAACUGUUGAGUCCUAUGAAAACAAUGAGUUCUGAGCAUCCAUCUUCUAGUUUCUAGUCCUACAGAAUUAGGGAUGAUGCUUUCUUAAAGCAGCAUUUGGACUGGCACUUGGACCCUUACACAGUUCCUUCUAUCCACUGCAGGCAUUGCCAAGGCACUGGGCUCUCUGAGCCUGGCAAAGCCCAUGAGGUAACUGCAGAAGGCCCUGGGCCCACUCCUUAACUUGGGUCCUACCUGAACAGAGCUCUUCAUUUACUAGUUCAUUCCACUUCUCAUGCCCAGUCCUGUCAUUAAGGAUUAGUAUCUCCCACGUCAUAUAUGAGCUAAGAGACUUAGGUUAUGUGACUUAGGUAAGGGCACACAGCCUGUGCGAUGUGAAGCCUUAACAGCUGUCACUAUUGUUCUCUAAUUAGUAUAAUCUUCCUCCAUGAGUAUUUCCCAGGCACAGCCCCACAUAUAGGCCUCUGAGCCAUUUCUGAGUUGCUGGAGUGCAGCAGCUUUGCAGCCUGUAGGCUCCACCUCCGGGUCAGUCAUGGAGGUGAAGGGAAAAAGAUCCUUCAGACAGAGCAGGAAGAAGGUCACUCAGGUGACAGAAACCCCUGGCAGAACCUCAUCUGGAGACAAAUCACAACUCUUAUCUUCAGGAAGUAAAGGAAAAGGGAUCAAGAAGACAGAGCUGAGACCCACUGCCAACAUUAAGAAGCCAAACAACGACUUCUCUGGCCCCGCCCACACAGCCCUGCCCUGCCCCCAGCAGAGGCCCGCCCCGGCAUCACUCCAGCCCCCAGCAUCGCCUCACCCCAGUGCAUCCAUCUGAAAUCCUCCCCAUUGCUUCUUCACCCCUCCAGAUGUUUCUGAGCCCCACUAGAUUCUAAUUACCAAAUGCUGGGUACAAAGCCAUCAAUAAGGUAGACAUGGUCGCAUCCUGGGAGGUAGAAUUUAAGCUUAAUGUCCCAACACACUGCUGUGAAUUGGAAAGCACGGACAGAUUCCAGCCUGGGAGAAUCAAGGCAGGCAUCCAAGGAAAUCUUUUGCAGAAUAAUAGGAAGGAAAGAACAAAGGAGGUAUGCGAGUUCAAGGUAUUUGGAGUAACUUUUCAGUUUUUAUUCUUGUAUGGUGGUCCAAAACAUGCUUAAUGGAGGAGACUAGAGAAAUUUAAGAAAGUGAAAUAGUUUUUGAGUAGAGAAGCAAGGGAAAUGACUAAGAAAGCAAUCAUAUAAACUCCUAAUAAGAGCUUUGUUUCCUCAAUGGUGUGUCCCAAGUGCCUAGCAUAAACCAAUCUGAGAAGGAAUGAAAGGAUUCUCUUCAGGUAUAUUGAAACUGACCAUUUAAUUGUAGAUGAUGACUUAAUGGUGGCACCAAUAUACUUGUGUGUGUGUGUGUGUGUGUGUGUGUGUGUGUUUAUAUUACCCCAGAGAAGUAGCCCCAUUUUAGAUGACAGAUCCAAAAAAGGUAGAGUUGGAUUUGCUGCACAGAAAAGAUGAUAGGAGAUUGGGGGAGACCGUUUAAAGUGAAGCUAUUCAGAUUUGUGGUUAAGGGUAGGCUAUGAAAUUUUUCUUGGAAAGAGGAGAAAAUUAGAGAAAUAUUGGUGGAUCAAUAGGAUUGAAACAUUGGCAUAUUGAGGGCAUAAGCCAGAAGGACAAAGUGUGUAAUGUCAGACUUUAUUUUUUUCAGAGGUCACAGAUAUUCCUAGUUUUAAGUUCUACGGAGUGGCAAUCACUGACCUGGAAUGAGGGUAACUGGCUCUAAGAUGAGAAAGGGUGCAUGAGAGGUCAUGUUAUUGGAUGGCCUAUUCAGCUGGAUGUUGGGUCCUCCAAGUGAUUCCUCCCACUUAAAGCCCCUUGUUCUGAAAAUCAAUCCACCUCUUUCUUCUCCAAAAGACUCCCCAGAAUCAACAUUCUUCCUGCAACUCUAUGCUUACUAAAUGACAUCACUUUGGAGAAUAAAGCAGAAAUGGAAUGGUAAGAAAGAAUGCUGUGGUAGACAUCUGUUUGGGUUUUGUUUUUGUCACCUAGCAUUCACUCACCUUAUUGCCCUCUGGGGAACUAACUCCGUUCUCAGUUUCAGACCAUGAGCAAGUGAAGUUGUCUUUCCUCUCUACUCUUAUUUUAAGGAUGAUAUAUAACUCAGAAAUGGUGAAAAGGAGCAUUUCAUUUUUCUGGUAGCAGUGAUUUGUAAGGAAAGGGUGUGGGAACCAAGUGGAGACAAUAAAAAUCAAAGGGAUUUUUGAAAGGACCUAGUGAGAGACCCAUUUCUCCUACCCUUGAAACUUAGAGGAUGUAGCUAUGAACUUACUAGACUCAAAGUCUUAAAAUGAAGCGAGUCUAGAAUUAAAGGCAUGAAUAGAAACAAAUAAAAAAAAUGAUCCUGAUGGCAUCAAUUGAGGCCCAGCAUGAACCCUGCUGCCUGAAGCUUGCCUUCCUUCCCAACUUUUUUCAGAUACCUGAGUUGACAACUUCUCUUUUUUAUUUAAGUCAAUUGAAUUAUAUUUGUUGUGCUAGCCAGUUUUUCAUUGCUAUGUCCAAAAUUCCUGACAAGAAUAACUUAGAGAAGGAAAAGUGUAUUUGGGGCUUACAGUCUCCGAGAUUUACUUCAUGGUUAGCUGACUCCAUUGCUUUGAGCCUGAAGUGAUGCAGAACAACAUGGUGGAAGAACAUGGUGGAGGAAAGCUGCUCAGUUCAUGGCAGCCAGGAAGCAGAAAGUACCCAAGCAUCAAGGGUCAAGAUACAUUCCCCUAGGACAGUCCCCAGUGUCCCACUUCCUCCAGCUACACCCUACCUGUCUAUGUGGACCACCCAGUAGUCCAUUCAAAUUAUGAUCCCAUCAAAUGGAUUGCUCCACUGAUGAUGCUACAACUCUCGUAAUCUAAUCAUUUACCUCUGAACAUUUCUGAAUUAGCUAAUAUGUUGUGGAGAGUGCAUUUCCAAAUCCAAACCAUAAUGUUCAAGGUGAUUUAUAUAUGACUAAUUCCUCACAAUUAGGGAGUAAGGACUGUCCAUUCCUGGCUUCCUUUUCCAUGCUAGCCCAAUAAAUAUACUAGUUUCUAUAUCCCUCAGGUUACCCUUUUGAAAAAAUAGGAAAAGUUACCUGCUUCAAAGCCUUACGAAGAUUAAAUGUUUAUAAUAUACAUAAAGGCACAAAUUUGGGGGUAGGGGGAUGGCUCGGUAGCAAAACACUAGCCUAACAUACAUGAGACCCUGAGUUCAAUCCCUAGCAGUACAAAAUAAAAGUGAGGAACAGGAGAAAAUGUUUUCCAAAGUUCUUAAGUACAAGCAGCAUGUGAUGUUUCUAAAUUAAAUUUGGUGAAAAAACCCCACUUUGAAAAGUAGGAAGAUAUCCAAUAUUAGUCAUUCGUGGGGACCUUUUGCCUGUUUAUUUAGUAUAAAGCAAUAUGCCAACGUUGGACAAUGCAAUGUUUUGUCUCAGUUCAUAAGCUAAUGGGCCUUGACUACUAGUCUUAUCAGCAAACAUCAUUUCAUCCCUUAAAAAAAUCCUUCUACCUCCUAGAGGACUUCAACAUAGCACCCAUCCACUUAAGAAACCCAUCUUUAUAUUUUUUUUCUGAAGUCACUGGAGCUGCUACUACCAUUAAACAGCUCUCUCUCUUUCAACCUAGGAUCUGUGUCAACUUUGCCCUCCUCCUUCUUCCCUUAUCAGAACACUAAUUAAAUAUCUUUCCCACAUGCAAAUCUGGAUGGCACUAUCCAACACACUAUCUAACAUUUGUCUCAAAACUUCUGUUUUAAGUUAAGAAACAUGAAAAAUAUUAAUAACUUUUGGAUCCAAGAGCUCAGAAAUUUCUGGUAGACAAAGAUGGAAACAAUUUUGAUUCCUGUGGGUGUUCCCUCUGGUAGGGAGUAGAAACAUCAGAAUAUAACUUGGUCAAGGACCAUGCGACAAAUGAAGAUGACCUAAAUAAAGUUGUAUAAGUAGGUAGAGCAAGAAUCCCUACAGAGGAAAUCACUCAUUCUUGUUGCGAGCAUAACCUCUCUCCCACAGUAAGGCAUUGGUAAACUUACAUAAUCAUCAUGUGGGCUCACCCUUGCUCACCUCAAUUUGGAGAGAUUACUUCCUAGAUGCUCUGUGAAUGCAAACUCUAACUGUCUCAUCCAACGUUUCUCUGAAUAGAAGCGAAUAUCUGGGUGCCAGGUAUGACUUCUUAUGUGACCUCAAGCCAAUCACUCAAACUCUUUCAUCCUCCACAUCUCUUGAUUAGAGUCCAAUAUCCAAAAAGAAACAAAGAUAAGAAUUGCGGACAAAUUCAACACAAACCAUGCAAACAUAAAGAAACAGUAGAGUGAAAUAUUUAAAGGGUUGAAAUAAAAAGAAGCAUCAAAUUCAAAUUCUAUAUCCAGAGAAAUUACACUUCAAAAUUGAAAAAUAAAUGAAAUAUUUCUCUAACAAAGAGAGAAAGAGAGAGAAGGAAUCAUUAUUAGAAGAAUCAUCCUGCAAGAAAAGACAAAAAAUGUGGGGCCAGUAGGGUGGUUUUGUCCUAUAACCCCAGCUAAUCAGAAGGUAGAAGCAAGAGAAUGCAAUGUUAUAGGACAGCCACAGCAACUUAGCCAGAUGCUGUCUAAAAUUUAAAAAAUAAAAUAGUCUGAGGAUUUGGCUCAAAUGCAGAGUGCCCCUGGAUUCAAUGCCAAGAAUAGAGAGGAAAAAAAGUUAAAUUAAACUCUUUAGGGAGAAGAAAAAUAAUGUUAUCCGAUCCAUAUAAAAGAUAAGAAAAUGACUGGUGAGAGAAUAAAUGAAAAUAAACUAAAAUUUUUAUUUUCUUAUUUUUUUCUGCCCACCUACCAAUGUUGGUUCUAUUUGUUUCCAUAUUGUUAUGGGAAUUUAGUGUUGUACAUAAUGAGGGAAUUCGUUGUUGCAUAUUUGUACAUACUCACAACAUAACAAUAUAAUUUUGCCCAUAUUCUUUUCCAUGAUUUCCUCGUUUUCUCACUUCCUCUCUCCUCCUAUCCCCUUUUCUCUACUCUACUGAUUUGCUUUCAAUUUUUGUGAGACAAUACACCCCUUUUCCCUUUUUCCUCCCUAGCUUCCAUAUAUAAGAGAAAACAUACAACCCUUGACCUUCUGAGUUUGACUUAUUUUGUUUAUUAUAAUUGCCUCAAGUUCCAUCUACUUUCCUGCAAAUGACAUAAUUUCAUUUUUCUUUAUGGCUGAGAAAAACUCCAUUUUGUAUGGAUACUACAUUUUCUUUACCUGUUCAUUGGUUGAUGGAUACCUAGAUUUUUGGUUCAAUAUUUUUGUUAUUGUGAGUUGGGCUGCCAUGAACAUGUGUAUGAAUGUAAUGCUGUACUAUGAUGACUUAAAAUUCUUUAGGAUAAAUACCAGGGAGUAAUACAGCUGGGUCACAUUGUGGUUCCCUUCCUAGUCUUUUGAGAAAACUUCAUACUAACUUCCAGAGUCGUUGUGUUAAUUUACAAUCCCACCAACAGUGUGCAAAUGUUUCAUUUUCUUCAUAUUCUCUCUAGCAUUUAUUAUUUUUUGUAUUCUUGAUGGUUGCCAUUCUCUUGGAGUGAGAUGAAAUCUCAGUGUUAUUUUCAUUUGCACUUCCGUAAUUGCUAAUAAUGUUAAACAUUUUUUUGUAUAUUUUUGGCUAUUUGUAUUUCUUCUUUUGAGAAAUGAACAUUUAGUUCAUUUCCCCAUUUAUUAAUUGGAUUAUUUGCUUUUGCAGGGGCAAACAUUUUUAGUUCUUUAGUUAUCUUAGAACAAGCUUCAAAGUCUGUAACAUAUUUUGUAAUUUGUACACCAGAAGGAGAAGAAAGUUUCAAGCUAAAGAAAUAUUUGAAGGAAUAAUUGAUAAAAUUCUGGAUAUAAUUCUCUGGAUAUAAUUCUCUCUCUGAAGAGUAGCUAGCAACAAUUGUCUUCCAUUUCUACAUUCUGUCUUCACAUUCUUAAUUGUUUUCUUUGCUGUGAAGAAACUUUUUAAUUUGAUGCCAUUUGGUUUAUUAAAUUCUGGCCUUAUUUCUUGAGCCUUUAGGGAUACUAUUGAGAAAGUUAUUGGCUGUAAGCUGCAUAGUUGAACCUAUAUUUUCUUCAAGGAGUUGCAUAGUGUCUGGUCUAAUUGUGAGGUCUUUCAUCUAUUUUGAGUUGACUUCUGUGCAGGGCAAGAGAUAAGGAUUUAAUCUCAUUCAUCUACAUAUAGAUAACCAGUUUCCCCAGCACUAUUUGUUUAAAAAGCUAUCUUUCCUUCAAUGAAUGUUUUUGGCGCCAUUGUCAAGAAUCAGAUGACUGUAGACUGUGAAUUUGUCUCUGUGUCUUCUAUUCUGUCCCAUUGGUUUGUGUAUCUAUUUUUAUGCCAGUACCAUGAAGUUUUGGUUACUAUAACUCUAUAAUAUAAUUUGAAAUCAGGCAUUGUAAUGCAUUCAGCAUUGCCUUUUCUGGCUUAGAGUUGCUUUAGCUAUUCUGGGUCUUUUAUUCUUCCACAUGAAUUUUAGGACUACUUUUAAUAGUUCUGUGAAGAAUUUCAUUUUGAUGGGGAUUGGAUUGAACCUGGAUAUUUAUUUUGGUUGCAUGUCCAUGUUAACAAUACUAAUUCUGCCUAUCCACUAAUGUGGGAGAUCUUUCUAUCUUCUUUAUCUUUUCAAUUUCUUUUUUCAAUGUUUUAUAGUUUGCAUUAUAGAGAUCUUUCACCUCCUUGGUUAUAUUAAUUCCUGGGACUUUGUGUGAGGAGGUAUGGGAGUUAUUUUUGAUAGGACUAGUUUCAUGAUUUCUUUCUCAACAGGUUUUUUUUUGGGGGGGGACGGUAGGGGAGGUAACAGGGUUUGAACUCAGGGGCACUUAACCACUGAGCCACAUCCCCAACACCUAUUUAUUUAUUUAUUUAUUUAUUGUAUUUGUAUUUUAGAGACAGAUUCUCACUGAGUUGCUUAGGGCAUCACUAAGUUGCUGAGGCUGGGUUUGAAUUUGCAAUCCUCCUGCCUGAGCAUUUGAGCAUCCUGACCUUCUGGGAUUACAGGCAUGCACCACUGCAUCUAGCUAGCAGAUUCAUUAUUGGUGUAUAAGAAGGCUAUUAACUUUUGUAUAUUGAUUUUGGAGCCUGUUGCUUUGUGAAGUUUGUUUAUUAGCUCUAAAUGUCUUCUGGUGGAGCUUUAUGGAUCUUGUAAGUAUAGGAUCAUAUCUUCAAACAGUGAUAAUUUGAGUUCUUCCUUUCCUAUUUUUAGCCCUUUUAUUUCCUUCCCUUGCCUAAUUGCUCUGAACAGAACCUAGAACUAUAAUGAAUAGGAGUAGUGACAUAUCUUUAAGGAAAUUCUUUCAGUUUUUCCCCAUUCACUGUGCCAUUGACUUUGAGUUUUCAUAUAUAGCCUUUAUAAUGUUGAGGUGAGUUCCUUCCAGCUUCAUUUCUUAUAUAUUGUAUAUAUAAAGUAUAUACAAUAUAUAAAAUACAUAACUAUAUAAAAUAUUUGCUAAUAUUUUAUUGAGAAUUUUUGCAUAUAAUUUCGUCAGGGAUAUUGGUCUGUGGUUUUCUUGAUGCAUCCACCUCUGGUUUUGGUAUAAGUGUGAUACUGGCUUUUUAGAAUAAAUUUGAAAGUAUUUUAUCAUUUCCUAUUUCAUGGAAUAAUUUCAGGACCAUUUGCACUGGUUUUUCUUUAAAAGUCUGGUGAAAUUCAGUUAAGAAUCCAUCUGGUCUUGGACUUUGUUUAUUGAAAGGUUUUUAUUAAUGCUUCCAUCUCAUUGCUAGUUGUAGGUUCAUAUAGGUUUUCUAUGUCCUCUUGAUUCAAUUUUGGCAGGCCAUAUGUAUCUAGAAAUGUAUCCAUUUCUUACAGGUUUUUCAAUUUAUUGAAGUAAAAGUUUUCAAAGUAGUCUCUAAUAAUCCUCUGAAUUUUUGUAAUGUCUGUAGUGAUUUCUCCUUUUUCAUCUCUCAUUUGAUUAAUUUGGAUCUUCUGUUUUUUCUUUUGGUUAGUUUGGCUAAGGGAUUAUCAAUGUUGCUUAUCUUUUUUUAAGAGAGAGAGAGAGAGAGAGAGAGAGAGAAUUUUUUAAUAUUUAUUUUUCAGUUUUCGGUGGACACAACAUCUUUAUUUAUUUAUUUUUUUUAUGUGAUGCUGAGGAUCGAACCCAGCACCCCGUGCAUGCCAGGCUAGCACAUUACUGCUUGAGCCACAUCCCAGCCCAAUGUUGCUUAUCUUCACAGAACAAACUCUUCAUUUCAUCGAUCCUUUAUAUUUUUUUAAUUCUCAAUUUCAUUGAUUUUUGGCUCUGAUUUUAAUUAUUUACUUCCUUCUACUGGUUUUAGAAUUUGUUUUAGUCAGCAUUAUUUUUGUUUAGUCACCGCUGUGACUAAAAGACCUGAAAAGAACAAUUUUAGAACUCCAGAAAAAGUUUAUUUGGCAUCCAUGAUUUCAAGGUCUCAGUCCAUAGAUGGUCAACUCCAUAAUUCCAGACCCAAGGUGAGGCAGAAAAUUAUGGUUGUGGCAACCGAAAGCAGCUUAUACAGAGCACCAGGAAAUAGAGAGAGCUUCACUAACCAGAAACAAAAUAUAUACCCCAAAGGCAUCACCCAAGGACCUACCUACUCCAAAUACACUUUACCUGCCAAAAUCUACCACCCAGUCAAUCCAUCCAGCAGAAUUAAUGCACUGAUUAGAUUAAGACUCUCAUAACCCAAUCAUUUCAGCUCUAAAAUUUCUUGCAUUGUCUCACACAUGAGCUUUUGGGCAAAUUUCACAUAGUAGAAUUCUUUUUUUCUACCUUUUUCAAGUGUUUUGUGAUGCAUCAUUAGGUUGUACAUUUGGGAUCUUCUUGAUUUUCUUAUGCAGGCACUCAUAGUUAUAAACUCUCUUUUUAGAAUUGCCUUCAUGGUGCCCCAAGGGUUCUUGUAUUUUAUAUAAUUAUUCUCAUUUGAACUUAAGAAUUUUUAAAUUUCUCCCCUGAAUUAUUCUUUCACUCAUUCAUCGUUCAAAAGUGUAUCAUUCAAUCUCCAUGAGUUUAUGUAGUUUCUGUAAUUUUUUUGGUGUUGAUUUCCUAUUUAAUUCCAUUAUAAUCUAAGUAGGUGCAAGGAAUUACAAAAAUUAUUUUUGUAUUUGCUAAGAGUUGUUUUGCAGCCUAAAAUAUGGUCUUUUGGAGAAGGUUUCAUGAGCCAUUGAGAAGAAACUAUAUUCAAGUAAUGUUAGAUAUUCUAAAGAUGUAUGUUGGAUAUUCUAAAGAUGUAUGUUGAUUCCAUUUGAUUUAUAAUAUUUUUAGGUCCAAAAUGUCUUUACUGAGUUUAUAUCUGGAUGAACUACCUAUUGAUGAGAGUGGAAUAUAGAAAUCACCCAGCAUUAUUGUACUGGGAGCUGAGUCUUUAAUUUGAAUAGUAUUAAUUUUAUAUAAUUAGAUGCACCCACAUUGGGGACAUAAGUAUUUACUAUCAUUAUAUAUUCUUGUUGAAUAGUUUCCUUUGUCAAUAGGACAUGAUCUUUCCUCUUUUGAUUAAUUUUGUUUUGAAUUCUGCUUUGUUAGAAUAUGAGAGUAGCUACUCCUGCUUGUUUUCAGGCUGCAUUGGCAUGGUAUAUCAAUUUUAUUCUUUUACUGUGGUUGCCUUUUCCUGUAAUGUGAAUCUCUUGUAAGCAACCUGAAGUUGGGUCUUGUUUUGUUUUCUGUUUUUUUUUUUUUUUCAUUCUGCCAGCCUAUCUUUUAAUUAGAGAGUUAAGAUCAUUCACAUUAACUGUUGUUUUAGAGAGAUGUUUAUUAAAUCUUACCAUUUUGAUUUACAAUAUGUAAUUUAGUUCUCGUUCUCAUUUACUUAGCUACUCUUCAAAUGAGAUUUGUUCACUUUUUAUUUCAUCUGUAGGCAGUAUUUCUUUAAAUAAGUUCUGUAGUGUCAGCUUUGUAGUCAUGAAUUCAUUUAGCUUCUGCUUACCUUGAAAGGUUUUUAUUUCUUUUUCAAUUUUGAAGGAUGCUUUGUUAGAUAUAGCAAUAUUGGUUGAUGUGGACAGUGAUGACUCAGAUUGGGAGUCCAUGAUUGAUUCAUGGCUGUGGUGUGCCUGCUAUCUGGGAAUGUUUCUGUGCAAGGGAUGCCAACUUGCUAUGGUGAUGGCCAGCCUGAAGAGUCUCUGUGAAAGAGUCUUAUCAGUUUUGUCCUUGAUCUCAGACACAAAGGUCCAGAGAAUAGAGGAUUUCUGAGUAUGUCAAGAAAACCACAAUGUUUCACCAGUGCUGCUACUUCCAAACCUGCCUGCUUAACAUUAACUUUAGACAAUGGGCUUCCUAAGUGCUGCAGGAAGCUCCAAGCAUUGUAACAGUGAAAUAGCUCCAAGAAUGUUUGUAGCCCGGUAACUUUCUAGUGCACAAAAAACAAUACCUCUAUAGUCUUUAACUUCUCGAUGAUGAGAACCUAUAAAAUAAACAAAUUUGCUGGGUCAGCUCUUCAGUCACUCUUUCUCCAUCAGACAGCAGUGUUCUAUCUGAUCCCAGCUUUCUCUCAAUAUCUGUGUGUUUUUCUUAAUUCCAUAUCACCCCUUUUUGGUUUUCUAAAGGUUCAGCCAUGCAAGUCACAGCAAGUUGACAUUAUUUUCUUUCAGGACUUGGAACACAUCAUUCCAAAACCUUUCAGAAUUUUUGCUGAGAAAUCAGAAGUAAUUCUGGUUAGCUUGCCUCUUUAUGUGACCUGAUGUUGUUUCCCUUAAAGCUUUUAAAAUUCUAUCUUUGUUCUGUAUGUUAAACAUUUUAAUUAUGAUGUAUUGUUGAGAAGUUCUUUUUUUUCCUUGUCUAUUUAAGGUUCUAAAUGCCUCCUUGUAGCUGAAUGUCCAUUCAUUCUCAAAGCUUGGAAAUUUUUCUGUUACUUCUCUAAAGAGGUUAUCCAUGACAUGAGUCUUCAUCUCACACCCCCUUCAAUUUCUCUGAUUCUUAAAUUUAGUGUCAAUGUUGUUCCAGAGUUCUUGUACAUUAUGGUUAGGGUUACUUAUUUUCUUUAAUACUCUCUAAAUGUUCAAGGCCAGUCACUUUGUCUUCCAUCUCUGAGAUUCUGUCUUCAGCAUUGUCUACUCUAUUAAAGAGACUUUUAACUGAAUAUUGUACUUGAUUUAUUCUGUCAUUCAUUUCCAAGAUUUCUAAUUGGUUCAUUUUUUCCUUAAUAUUUAUUUAAUUGUAGAUGAACACACAGUAUCUUUAUUUAUUUUUAUGUGGUACUGAGGAUCAAACCCAGUGCUUUACACAUGCAAGGCAAGUGCUUUACCACUGAGCUACAGCCCCAGCCCCGUCUAAUUGGUUCUUUUUAAAAUCUCUUUCUCCUUACUGAAUUUCUCAUUCAUAUUGACUUCCUUAAAUCAUUCAGUCAUUUUUCUGUGUUCUCUUGGAAUUCAUUAUUUUUAUAAUCAUUCUUUUGACAUCUUAAUCUGAUAUUUCAUCCAUUUCAAUAUCUUUGGGGUAAGUUGCCAGUUAACUAUCCCUUGUUUUUUCACAUUUCUUGUAUUCCUGUGUCGGAGUUUAUGCAUUUGUUGGGAUGUAUAUAUCUUUCAUGCUUAUGAUUGGACCACAGCUUUCCCAUGCCAAAUUGUCCUAGAGUAAUCUAGAUUGAGACCCCCCCUCACAGGUGUGGUAUUCUCAGGCUUUGUGGUAAUUCUGUGUCAUUGUUGUUGUUAUUUGUUGUAGAAGUGGAUGUCCAGAGACUGUAAACCCACCCAUAGAGAUUUCUAUUUGGAGCUUUGGGUUUUAGUCUCUUCUCUUCUUCGUAGAAAAGUAUAGCUGUAGUUUGAGUUUGGUUAAUUUAUGUGUGGAGCAAAGUGUGCUUUCUUUUGGCUGAGUGAGUUUAAUUCAGUAUCAAAAUCUCUUCCCUGUGAACUUUCAGUGUCCCUGUGUAUUACCUGAACCUCACAGAAAAAAAGGGAAACAAGUAAUAGCACACAGAGAAGCAAACAAUAUACAGCAUUAAAAUAAAUGCCUUGUGAGGAGCUGAGGUUGUGGCUUAGCGGGAAAGGGGCUGAGGUUGUGGCUCAGCGGUAGAGCACUUGCCUUGCAUGUGAAGCACUGGGUUCGACCCUCAGCAUCACAUAAAUAAAUAAAUAGAUAAAUAAAUAGAUAGAUAAAGGUGUUGUGUACAACUAAAGAAAAAUUUUAAAAAAAGAAACUGAAAUCUGAAAAAAUAAAUAAAUACCUGGUGCCUACUAUGAUAUCUACAACACUACCACAGAAACAAGAAUGAUGGGUUCAACAAUUGUCAACAGCCAAAACAGUAAAUAACCAUGAACUAUAUCUGGAAUUAAUAUAAACAGCAGGUGUCAACUCUGUCAUCCAUAGUAGUAAGAAUCACAACAACAUAAAUGUUGGGGGCAGGAGUUAUACAAACCAUAUAGUUCUAAAAGAUGUUAAAAAUACAGUUCAUUAAGAGAAAAGAAAAUAUGAUAGAAUAAAGAGAGUUUAGAAUGUUCAAAUUGUGAACAGAGAAUGCAGAUAAGAUGUAUCCAGUGAUGGUUAUAAGGAAGGAGGAGAAGAACAAGUAGAGAGAGAACAAGAAAAUUUCGUGUUAGCAAGACAAGAAUGGAGAGGAAAAAGAAACAAGAGAAACAAAAACAAAACAAAAAAUAUAUAGAUAGAUAGAUCAAAAGCCCUAACCCUCAAAAAAGAAAAACCACUACAUCUUAAAAAUGCUAAAUAUGAGAAAUGAGAAAUACAUGUGUGUGUGUGUGAAUGUAUAUAUAUGUGUGUGUGUGUAUAUUACAUACAUAUAUGUAAUACACACACACACACACACACACACACACACACAUAUAUAUAUAUAUAUAUAUAUAUAGAUAUCUAUAAGCCAAUCAACACAGCAAGAACAAAAAAUGGAAAAGAUUCAUACUGAAAAUUAAGAUUUUCUCCAUUGAGAUGAAUAAAACAGUUAAAGAAAAUGAAUGGAUGGUCACUACCUAUGCUCAACUAUCCUUGUUUCUGUUUCUUCUUGGGCUGUGUACUGACACAGAGAGAGUAGCAGGCAGAGCAAGGGCUGAGGUUGUUAACCUCUUCUCCUUUUUGUGUUGCUCACCAAUCUGCUAGUUGGAGUGGCCUAAAUCUGACUUUCAACAUUCCCUUCUCACCUAUAUAAGGUAGGAUGGAAUGAAAAGUACUCUUUGAAAUUUUGUCUGGACAGCCCAGAUGGAUGCACUCCCAGGACAGGGCUACUGAAGAGUUCUGUGUGCGGAGUUCCAAUGACUGGAGCCUAGGUCUUAUGGGUUUUUACAGGCUUCAUUAGGUGGUAUCUGCUCUGAAGGGAUUAGAUCAACACACCUCUAGGUUCUGGCAGAUGCCAAUCUUGAUUGGGAGUCUGGAUCCCAGGAGCGUCCCAAGAAUUCUACUUGCAGAGCAUGGGAACCAAUCCUCCACACGCUCUGCUACUCAUAAUCACAAUGUUCCCACAUUUAGUCACUGAGUGUGUUCACACCACUCUGUUCAGCUUUCUGGCCCUCUUCAGCUGGUUGUAUGAGCUGUCAGACCCCAAAGAAAAACAAGUUGGCUCCCCUUUAUUUUUCUGACUUGAAUCUCCCUGACUACAGUCUUCUUUGUGCCUUUUUCAAACAUAUUGUGCUAGGAACACCAUAGGCCACAUGUUAUGUGCUUGCCAGGGCAGUAUAGCAAUGUUUGCUAUGAGUUCCAACAGCAGCAAGAUGAAGUGUAACCUCCUCAAGAUGGCUCUCCAUUUUCCAGUUGAGAAAUACAAAACACUUUUUAAACACAGUUCACUGUGCAGCGUCUGCAUCAGUUAAGUUCUAUUUGCUUUUCUGAUGUACAGGUUUUUCUGUGCCAAAUCUGUCAGUUGUGUUUCUCUCUGUUUGUAUUAUCCCUCCCCUCUGAGGUAAACCAGCCCUGCUGCUGCUGCUGCUGCUGCUGCAAUGGUUUUGGCUCUAACAUACUCUUUCUUAUUCUUUGUCCAACGCACCCAAAUUUCUGAGUUUCUAAGAAACUCUGACUGCCUGAUCCUGAAUUUCAGUGAAUUCCCCCUGUCACCCACCUCACUGAGAAACUAUUCCCAUUGCCAUGGAGCAAUUGGAAAUGGAACAUCCCUCUAUCUGCCAUUCUAAUGUUUGUUUUUAAAAUGGGUAAAUGGGGGCAGGGGAUAUUGCUCUAUAGUAGUGCUUGCCUGUCACAAGGAAGGCUGUGGGUUCCUGCAAUCCCCAGGACAACCUAAUUAAUUAAUUAAGGUAUAAGGGGCUUCAAACAAAGUCUUUAGAAACUGGGUAAAGUUAAGCAAUGUAUUCCUAGAAUAUCCAGAAACAAAUGUGGCUUCCUAGAAUAUCCAGAAACAAAUGUGGCUAUUCUUUUAUUUUGUAAUUGGCAUAAAAAUAGCAAUAACACCCCCACCACAGUGAGUAAUUAUGAUAUAUGGAAUAGUGAAAAGAUGAAUGACAGAAAUGUUAUAGCCACAAGAGGAAGGAAAUGGGUAGUCUUUAGUGUUGGGUACCUAUACUACUUGUGAAGCAGUAGAGCAUUAUGUGAAAGUAGUAUAAACUUGUUGUAAAUGUACAUUACAAACUCUUGGAUGACCACUAAUUUUUUAAAAGAAAUAAACUAAGAGAUAGCUGAGUCAGAUAAAAUGUUUGUUUAAAAAAACUGUCAGGCCAUAAGAACAGGAUCAAAAGAACUACAAGACAAAAAACAAAGUGACAAUAGUAAGUCCUUACAUAUCAAUAAUUAUUUUAAAUAUAAAUAGAUUAAAUUUGUCCAUAGUGAGAUGUAGAGUAGCUGAAUUAAUUUUAAAAAUUAAGAUCCAUCUGAUGCUAUAUAAAAGAAGCUCAUUUAGCCUUAAGGACACACAUAAGCUGAAAAUGGAGAGCUUGAAAGAUAUUCCAUGCAGUGGAAACCAAUAGGGAGAUAUGGUGGCUAAACUUAUGUCAAACAAAAUGGACUUUAUGUUUAUCUGGUAGAGAUAUUUGUGAAACCAUGUUUUCUGCAGCAUUAUUCACAAGAGUUAAGAUAUGGAAAUAACAUAAGCAGCCCUAAGAGAUGAAUAUUGUGAUCUGUGUGUGCACGCACACAUGCGCACAUACAUUAGGCAUGCUUUAAAAAGGAAGAUUUUGUUGUUUUAAAUGACACAGAUGAAACUGGAGGAUAUUAUGCUAAAACAAGUGAAACAAGUCAAACACAGAAAGAAAAAUACUGUGUGAUCUCAUAUGUAAAAUCUGGAGGAAAAAAUGUGUACAUUGAAACAAAGAGUAAAAUGAAUGUUGGUAGAAUGAUAAGAGGUAGGUCAAAGGAUACAAAGCUGGAUUUACAUAAAAUGAAUAAGUCUAGAGAUCUAAUGUACAUCAUGGGUAAUAUAGUUAAUAAUAUUGGAUUUUUGUUGAGAACUUGCUAAGAAAGUAUAUUUUAGGUGCUCUUACCACACAUACCCACACACAAAGGUAACUGUAUGAGAUGAUGGCUGUUAAUUAGCUUGACUAUAGAAACCAUUUCACUAAGUAUAUAAAAACCUCAUGCUAUAAUUGUAAAUAUACAUGAAACUGAAAAUGAAAUAGAAUGUCAAAAUUAAAAAAAUAUAUAUAUUUUUUUAAAAAGUCUUGUUUAAAAUCAAUUCAAAAAAUGGGAAGAAAAAUAAAGACUAGAUACAAUGAAUAAUAAACUGUUGAAGAUAUAAUGGCUAUAAUCCAAAUAUAUAACUUCAUUUUAAAAAUCACUUUUAAAGUGAUUUAAAUAAAUUCACUAAUUAAAAGACAGACUAUGAGAAUGGAUCGAAUAAAAUAAAAAUAAAAUAAAAAAGAUUGCUAGCUGGAUAUGAUGACAUACACCUUCAGUCCAAACUACUCAAGAGAUGGAGGCAGGAAGAUCACUUGAGUCCAGGAGUUGGAGGUCAGCCUGAGCAACAUAGUAAGAUCCCAUUUCAAAAAAGUUCUAAAAAAUUUUUUAAAUGUCACCUACAAGCUACAUUAAAUAUAAUGAUACAAAUAAACUAAAAAUAAAGGGAUGUAUAAAAUGUAUUAUUCUAACACUAAUCUAACAGAAAACAGACGUAGUUCUUAGUUUCAGACAAAUCAGCCUUCAAAAUAAGAAAAAUUAUCAGGGAUAAAAAGGGAAUUCCAUAAUAACAAAGGGAAGGGUCAAUUCUCCCAGAAGACACAAUAAUCUUUAAGAUGUAUAUAUUUUAAAAGAGUAUCAAAAUAUAUAAGGCAAAAACUGCAAUGAGAAACAGCUGAAUUCACUAGUAAUGUUGAAGACUUCAACACCUCCCUUUCAUUAAUUGACAGAUUUAGCAGGUAGGAAAAUCAUCAAGAAUAUCUUUGACUUGAGCAACACCAUCAUUUAACUUGAUCCAACUAACAUUGAAAUAAUUCACCCAGCAAUGGAAUGAAUACACAUUUCUCUCAAAGUUCCCAUGGAAUAUUUACCAAGAUAGAUCAUAUUCUGAUCCAUAAAACACACCUUAACAACUAUAAAAUAGAAAUUCCCCAUAACUGAAAAAAAAAUAGAAACAAUACAAUGUCUGCUCUCAGA